UUGAGUUUCUAUCAUCCUGUUGCUAUGGCUACAUCUGUCAUAUAGAUCGCUCCUCUAUAUGAGCUUGGUUACUGUUUAACCUCCCCACCCACAUUUGCCCAGAUUAGGAGAAUCAAUAAGAUAACAGGAGUACCGGCCUUACAGAGAGCCAACAGCACCUUCCUCUAAAAAAAGAAAGAAAGAAAGAAAGAAAAGCAGUACGCUGCACCAAACUCUUCCAUUCACAUCUUACACUUUUGUUCUUACUCAAAUAAGGAAGACUAACAACACCGAGGACAGGUGAAGAACCCGAGGAACGGCAUGGUCAAUGUUAACACUCAGGCCAACACUAAUAUGGAGCUUCCGUAUGACUCCUCACCAGCUGAGGGUGCCAACUUGAAUGCUGCCAACCACCUGGGCACAGGGACUCUGUGUGCUAUCUGUGGCGACCGGGCAACAGGAAAACACUAUGGAGCCUCUAGCUGUGAUGGCUGCAAAGGUUUUUUCAGACGCAGCGUUCGCAAGAACCACAUGUACUCCUGCAGGUUCAACAGACAAUGCAUAGUGGAUAAAGACAAGAGAAACCAGUGCAGAUACUGUAGGCUCAAGAAAUGCUUUCGUGCCGGAAUGAAAAAAGAAGCUGUACAGAACGAAAGAGACCGAAUCAGUACCAGAAGGUCCAGCUACGAGGACAGCAGCUUUCCCUCUAUCAAUGCACUCAUCCAAGCUGAUGUCCUCUCCAGACAGAUCUCCUCUCCAGGUCCGAUCAUGAACGGUGACAUCAGGACAAAAAAGAUGGCCACUAUUACAGAUGUGUGUGAAUCUAUGAAGCAGCAGCUGUUGGUCCUAGUAGAGUGGGCUAAAUAUAUCCCAGCCUUUUGUGACCUACCACUGGAUGAUCAGGUGGCUUUGCUACGAGCUCAUGCUGGAGAACAUCUCCUGCUGGGAGUUGCCAAGCGUUCCAUGCUUUACAAGGACCUUUUACUAUUAGGUAAUGACUAUAUAAUUCCUCGGAAUUGCCCCGAACUGGAAGUGAGUCGCGUAGCAGUGAGGAUCCUUGAUGAACUGGUCCUUUCUUUCCAGGAGCUCCAAAUAGAUGAUAAUGAAUAUGCCUGCUUGAAGGCCAUUGUAUUCUUCGAUCCAGAUGCCAAAGGUCUGAGUGAUCCAAGCAAGAUCAAGCGGAUGCGUUACCAGGUACAGGUCAGUUUAGAGGACUACAUCAACGACCGGCAGUAUGACUCGCGGGGAAGAUUCGGCGAACUACUGCUUCUUUUACCCACACUACAGAGCAUCACUUGGCAAAUGAUUGAGCAAAUCCAGUUUGUCAAACUCUUCGGGAUGGCCAAGAUUGACAACCUUCUGCAGGAGAUGCUUCUCGGAGGUUCUGCUAAUGAAGCUCCCCAUGCCCCCCCCUCUCUACACCCACAUCUAGUCCACGAGCACCUCAGCAACAAUGUAAUUGUUACCAACAACAUGGCUACUCCAAUUCACAACGGACAGAUGUCCACACCUGAAACUCCAAUCCCAUCUCCUCCAUCAGCUUCCAGCUCUGAGCAUUACAAAUUGGCCCAGGGUGUAAUAGCCACAGUGCCUAAACAGCCAACAGCCAUUCCUCAACCCACAAUCACUAAACAGGAGAGCAUCUGACCAUCUCCAGAAUAAAAAAACAACCAAACAAAAAACUCACCAACAUCUAACAACAUUAAACAAAUUAGUCAUGGACAAUGGGUUUGCUUCGGAGAUUCCUGGAAAAUGUAGUACGGCAUGUUGUUGCUAGUUAUGAUUUUGAGGCAGCCAUUAAAUGUCCAGUGGUCUAUUGGUAAACCAUUUGCUCUAGGAAAGCACAUUCACAAGUGGUGUAAUAUAAAGUAAGUUUUUAUUUUUGUUUAAAGAAGAAACAAAUGAACACCCUUGUCCCAUUAUAGAUAAUGACAUGUAGACCAAGCAGAAACCUCAGGUUUGUACAGUAGAAAGUACUGUGAAAGAGGCUUUUUUUUUUAAUGUAUUCAGUCGACCUGACUUAUAGGCUUUUUUUUGUGUACAUAUUUAUUUUCCCCUAGGAGAAAUUCAUAUAUCAAUGUGUCAACAAAAAGAAUUAGAAAAGUUUAUAUUCAUAUUAUUAUAUGAAGAUGAAAUAAAUGUUACAACACGCCUUCCAUCUGGCAAAAAAAAAUCAGAUGUGUAUGUUGUACAGUAUUUUAA